CUCGUACUUCUUCCGGGUUGGGGCUCUCUCUAGCGUGGUGUUUGGAUUUGUGUGCCCUCACAACAUGUGUCAGUGAAAACAACUGGAAAAGAAGAUGAGUUCUCAGAAAGGUAAUGUGUCUCGGUCGAGAGCCCAGAAGCAUCAGAACAGCGCUGCCUUCAAAAACGACAAGUACGGAGCGACUGUACAAGUGAAGAAAGCAAAAUCAAAGACCCAUGAUGGGCUCUGUCAACACUGUAAGGGUGUUCUUGAGUGGAAAGUGAAGUACAACAAAUACAAGUCACUAACACAACCCCGAAAAUGCGUCAAGUGCUCUCAGAAGACUGUGAAGGAUGCGUAUCACAUCAUUUGUAAGCCAUGUUCCCUUCAGCUAGAGAUCUGCUGCAAGUGUGGGAAGAAAGAAGAUAUCGUUAUUCCAAUAAACUCAGAGGCGGACGAUAAAGAGCAAGAGGAAGAUGGUGAACAGAAAAAGAAAGAACGUGGACCAGGGAAGAAGGACGUGGAUGGCUUGGACAGUGAUGAUGAUUAUGAUGAUGAUGACUUAAGUGACCUCAGAGAUAGUGAUGAUGAUACGGGAGAGGACUCAGAACAAAAGAAGACACAGGACAAGUCCGAUGUCCUCCCAGAUGUUUCCCGAGUCAGCUUUAAAGACUAAAGACAGUUAGAGGGUUCUUGUAGGCUUUUUUUAACUUCACAUAUAUUCAAAACAAGUUUUCCAAUCAAAGUACAGUAUGAAGAAGCUGAGAAGACAAGUGCUACCUGAUGAUUCAGGAAUAUUUUUGAUGACAUUUCAUUUUUUUUUUAUUUAAAGGGCCUUAUAUACCGUGAAUGGGCUGUACAAUGUACUGGAAACCCUGUAUCUCCGUAUUUUGUUUCGUUUCAUGACUCUGUUUGACCUGAAUGGAAUGGGACCUUAAUUACUAUCAUUAAUAAUACCUGUGUUUACCCUACUAAUUCAUGUCAAAAUGGUUGCUGUGAAAAAGGUUGGUUUAUUUCACAAUAACCUAAUAGUGGCCUUGAAGUAUCAGCAGCACUAAAAGCAGAAGUAGAGGCGUUGCCAGGGUAUCAGGAACUGACUGAAAUAUUAACUGUCGCACACACACUCAUAUUUUGUAUUUACACACAGUUUAUUAGCUAUGCCCAGCUGCAGUCUAAUAGCACAGUCCUGCAAUAAAUCCUACAUUCACAGAG